CUUUGUGUGUAUUGAUGCGAAACACUUUACAAGUAAGACGCGGUAGUGGAGGCAAGGUGUCUGUGCUCUUCUGUGGUUUCCGUCAGCUUUUCUCAGCAGCAACCAUGCAAGGAGCCGUGUGGUUACUCGUAGUCGGCCUUACAAGCGUUGCUCGUGCACAGACCGAUCAGCGAAUAGAUCCAGAGUGCAACUUUCCCCUUGGAGUUAGCAGUAGACUCAUCACUGAUGGACAGAUUUCUUCCACAUCAUACGUCGACUACUACAGGGCACCCAGAUAUGCAAGGCUUAACAGAAGAGAAGGUCUUGGUGGUUGGAGUGCCUCGAGAGACGACUUUUCGCAGUACCUGACCUUUGACCUGCUGGAUCGGUCAAGAAUCACUGCCAUCUCCACCCAGGGUCGCUUUAAUAGCGACGAAUGGGUGAAGGAGUAUCGGAUCCAAUUCAGCGACAACAGAUGGCAGUGGAGAACCUAUGGCACAACCCUGAAGGGAAACAACAACGCGGACACCGUCGUUAAGAACAUUCUGACCGGAACGUGGAUCGGCCGCUACAUGCGCAUUAACCCUCGCUCCUGGAACAAGAAAAUCUCCAUGCGUGUGGAAAUCUACGGCUGCCUGGAUAGAGCACACUCUGCCACUUUUGGAGGGGAUGGCUACCUCCGCUACGAAAUCUCGCGUGAGGAAGACCGUGUAGCGACCUACCAGGACUCGAUCAAGAUGCGUUUUAAAACAAAAGAGCCUCACGGGAUGCUGCUUUACGGCCACGGAUCUCAGAACGACUUCAUCUCACUUGAACUGAUCUGGGGAAAGAUCUGGCUUCGUAUGAAUCUUGGUACGAGCCGGUCUGUGGAAGGUUACACGGAGGUCACUGCUGGGUCGUUGUUAGACGACGAUCAGUGGCAUUCCAUCGAGAUCGCCCGGAACAGGAGAGAUGUCAGUCUAAAGGUGGACAGGUUCUUUGUCAAGUUCAGGACAAACGGAGACUUUGAACGUCUGGAUUUGGAUCGACAGAUCACUGUUGGAGGUGUGGACUUCCUGUUUCCGGGUGUGAUCGUGCGCUACAACUUCCAGGGCUGCUUGCAGAACGUUUUCUUCAACGGAAUCAACAUGAUUGAGAGAACACAACGACAAGUCGACGCUUUCUCCAGCGUGGGUUCUGUGUCGUACAGCUGCCAGGGAACCACUCAAAAAUCCCUCACCAUCCCCUCACCCGAGAGCUACAUGCGCCUACCAGGGGCAAGUGCAAGAAACAGCAUCGCUUUUGGGUUCGAGUUCCGAACAUUCAACCGGGAGAGCAUGAUGGCGUACACACAGAUCAACCAAGGCACGGGAUCUAUCUUGGUGCGUCUUGCUGAUGGACGACUGAAUGUGACGAUUGUCCGGAUGGUCAACAACGUGGAGCGCGUCGUUCCUAUACUCUCUGAUGAGUACCAGAACGAUGGGCGAUGGCACAGUGUGGUCGUGAACGCGACCGAGAACUCGGUCAUUGUGACCUAUGACUACAACAGAACCAUCAACACCAACACCGUGCUCCAACUGUCCACUGGGGAUAAGUACUACCUGGGAGGUUGUCCUCCUUCGGCCAUUUCUCAAGAGGGUUGCCCAAUCAGAGGGGAGCUCAAACCCUUCCAAGGUUGCAUGCGGCGGAUCGUGAUAGACGGACAGAACAUCGACUUGCAGCGUCUGGAAGAUAAUCGUCUGCCAAACGCUGUCAAGACGGGCAUUCAGUUCAACUACUGUGGCCUUGUAGACAGAUGCACACCUAAUCCAUGUGAGCACGGUGCCACUUGUGAGCAGGACUGGUACACCUUCACCUGUAACUGUCAACCAACAGGGUACAAUGGCGCCACCUGUCACAUGACAAAGUAUGAGGACUCCUGUGCGAACUACAAUCCGUUUGGAGAGGGUGUCGCGAGUGGCACAAAGUUCAUUGACCCCGAUGGCAGCGGUCCCCUGGCUCCCUUCCCAGUGCAGUGUGCCACCAUUGACUUACACACCGUAGAAACCGUCAUCACACAUGACUCCAUGGCGAGAACACAAGUCAGAGGGUUCGCAGGGGCAGGGACGUACAGCAAAGACAUCAAGUACCAGGGAUCCCUGCCACAAGUUCUGCCCCUCAUGAUGAGAUCUGAACGUUGCCAACAACGUAUUAGAUAUGAGUGUACAAACUCACGUCUGCUCAAUUCUCCAAAUGGACAACCGUUCGGUUGGUGGGUUGGCCGCACUAAUGACAAGAUGGUGUACUGGGGAGACGCUGGUCCAGGUACCCAGAAAUGUGCCUGUGGUCUGGACGGGACUUGUCGAGAUCCUGCCAAAUACUGCAACUGUGACGGCACUGCUGGCUUCGAGUCAGUUAGGGGUAUAGAUGAGGGUUACCUGACCCAGAUGCCGUACCUGCCUGUCACUCAGCUGCGCUUCGGUGACACCAAUCCUGGCAGCGGCUUCCACACACUGGGACCACUGGAGUGCUAUGGAGACAUCUUGUUCAACAACUCGGCAACCUUCAAGGCUGCCGAGGCCCACCUACGCUUCCCAACAUUCCAAGCGAAACGCUCUGGAGACAUCUGCUUCCAGUUCAUCACGCGGGCGGCGCAGGGCGUGUUUGUCCACAACAGGGGGGCACGUGACUUCUUCAAGGUGGAGAUGUUGUCCCCCCGACAAGUUUCCUUGUCAUACGAUGUGGGUAACGGUCGGAAAGAAGUGGUGAAGACAAUGACCUAUGACCUCAACGACAACCGCUUCCACAGCAUCUGUGCCGAGCGAAACGUGAAGGAGGCUCGUAUCGUGGUGGACAAACAACGAUUCCAGGAUCCGAGCCUUGCCGAGGCGACCGAAGCAGAAGUGAUGGACGCACACGAGUCCCUGAAUCUCAACAGUCAACUCUUUGUUGGCUCAGACACAGAGGGUAGAAACGGUUUCAUCGGUGUGAUACGUGAUCUAAGCGUGAACGGCGUACAUCAGGACCUGUACAGCGCUGCCAUACCUGCCUGGGGUGUGGAGCCCGGAAUGGUCCGACUGUGCGAGCCCGUGAACCCCUGUCAGAACAACGCCACCUGUAUCGAGGGCUGGGGAUUCUAUGAGUGCAACUGUACUCUCACACCACACGAGGGGCCUACAUGUUCAAAUGAAAUUGGAGCACGAAUGGAAUCGGCCAGCUACCUUGAGUACACAUUCCCGGUAGAAUUCCGUGAUUCCGUGAAGGACAACAUCACCGUCGGUUUCAUCACGGAGCACAAACAGGGCAUCCUGAUGCACGUGGAGUCGGAGACUGGCAACUACAUGACUCUACGGAUCAAGGACAGCGGUGGAAUUCAGUUGAGGUUUGACCUGGGUGACGGUCGUGACGAGGAACUGAACAACGAUCUACACGACUAUGCCGACGACCAGUACCACACGGUCAACAUUACUCGGGUGGGGAAGAGGGUCAGCAUGCUGGUGGACGGGUACCUGCUGAACCAGCGCACCUUUGACAUCAGUAACGACCGCUUCAAGGGACUCAACAAUGGCGGCAAGCUGUACGUCGGACGCAUUCAGCGCGGGGGACAAGGACAUACGCCGUCCAACAAAGGUUUCAAGGGUUGUAUCUCCCGGGUUAUGUUCAAUGACGUCUUCCCUCUCAAGUUUUACUUCCUGGACAAGCAGAACAUAGAGUUCCAAAGGGGAGGUACCGUACGAGCAGUCCCUGCCGACAGUUUAACUCGUUCAUCCUGUGGAAUAGAGCCUGUCAUCAUGCCGCCAAGAACUGUGGAACCCUGGCCUACUGCGCAAGGACUUAGGGACUACGGAUGGGUGCGCUCUGCCCAGAUGUCUCCUCUGGACGACACUGAUUGGAGAAUCUUGAUAGGCAUGGUCGCAGUGAUGAUUGUAGCAGUGUCUGUCCUGCUAUUCUUGAUGGGUCGACAGGUGUACCGUCACCAGCGGGGAAAGUAUGACACCAACGAGACAGAGACGUAGGAAGAGUCACGGGACAGGAAUUCUUUGUCGUCGUAAACUUCUGCCACCUCUAUUAUUAAUUCCCCACCAUACGCAAGACAGUUGUGCUGCAUUUUCAUGUGAUUUUAAAGUAGUGUACUUUUUGAAGUUUUUUAGAUCAUUUUUUAUUUGAUUUACAGUGGUAUAUUACCGUAGCAAUUUCACAGUCCAUUUGUAAAAGAAAUCCCAUUGAAAAAGUGGCACAAUGCAAUUCUAGAUACUGUUGAUUGUAUUUGUAGUUAAGAAUCUGUUAAUUGUAAUGAUUUAAGUGAUUUAAUCUGUCUUUCUCACCUCGAACAUCGCUGUCCAGGCGUUGUGGCGGUGCUGAUUUUCGUGCUCCUGGUUCUCCUGUGUAUGCUCGCUCGCUAUGCCUUCCGACACAAGGGAUCGUAUAAUACCAACGAAGCUAAAGGGGCAGACCAGGCCGACGAUCCUGACACAGCCGUGGUGGCUGGGGACCCACGCCACACUGGGAGUGACGUUGGCAAGAAGAAAGAAUGGUUCAUCUGAAGAAAACACUAUAGCAAACGGUUCUAAGUCUAGAAGGAAAAAUAUGCAAAAAAGAGACAAAAGUUUCAUCCUCUUACUAGGGUUCCGCAGCAAAGCAUAACUUGAAAAGAGAGUAUACUGAAGAAAAAAAAUGAGAAACAAUCUUUGAUCAAUGACAGACAUGAGACGGUUUCAAAAGAAAAAAUUACCAGCUGCAGUGGUAGAUGUCAAUAUGAAUGCACUUAUGCAACUUCUAUCUUCAGGACCGGAGGUAUUGAGAAAGAUUGAAACAAAGAAAGCCUUGAAGAAACAAACAGCUGCCUUGAAGACUUGCCUUAUGUGUAGAUAAGAAAAUCAUUUGGUGCUGUCACUAUGUAACGUUAACAAUAGAACCUCCAUGGUCACAAAAAUGCUAUUGGCCCUCAGUCAAAAAUCGUUAAACCAGAAUAUUGAUAAAAUAGUUUUUUUUGUCACAAAACAGACAUUUGAAUCAAGCAGUUCAAAAAGUGAUUGAUUUAAAAAGAAAAAUUAUUUUCUGCUGCAUUCUGUGAGUGACUUCUGGCUACAUGUACAUGUAGAUGUGACUGACCUACAGUAUUCCUUGCUGACCUUAUACUCAGCUAUUUGCCUUUCUUUCUAAUCUCUCUCACAUUUCUCGAAUGUGCACAAUACUCGGUAAUUUCUCAACUUUCUCUUUAAUUGUAUUUUAGUUGUGUUCAAUAUAUCAUUACAUAAAAACCUGAUACGUACAAUAUAGCACAAGGACAGAAAAAAAGUAAAAAAUGUGAAAACUUGUAAAAUUAAGACAAUAUGAAGCCUUAGGGAACACAUAGUGAAGAUAUGCUGUUGUGUUUAUUUUGCCAUGUUCUAAGCUACUGAAACUAUUUGCAAAGCAAAAGAGAAACAUUUGAAAUGUUGCUUAUAUAGUUUUUGAUAUUGAUUCUAAUGCUAGUCAGUAUUUUUUGCAUGUAUGGCCUGAUCGAUAAAGCAUACAAGAUUGUCAUAUAUAUACAUGUAUAUCAUAUACAAAGCAAAUCUGGCAAGGAAAGUUUUUUGCCUGACAUCAUAAGUUCCUUUACACAAACAAUGUUUGCAGUAUCCAAGAGUUUUCACUUCAUUAUUGACAAUCAAAUUGUUUAUCUAAGCUUGCAACAUUUCUAGAUGUUGGCUGUCUUUUUUAACACUGUAAAUACCCAUGAGUAUAUUGAGUUAUGGUAAACAAUUAUGGUGGAUGUAUAUUUGUUUCAGUGUCCUUUGUCUAUAAGUGAAUUAUUUUGGGCAUGGGAUCUACUUUUAUUUCUUAUGUUUUUAUGGUGUGAUGAUGGAUGUAAGACUAGAAAUAUAGUUAUAAAAAAAGCCAGUAAAAUGAACAAGUACAUGUAGCUUUCUUAUUGAUAGAUAUUUUUCGAGUGAGUGUUGAAGUAAAUGGCUAGUUACAUGCUAUUGUAAGAAGGUAGAAACUAUGGACAAGGGCUGUAUUGCCCAUCUUCAAUGGAUGCACAAAAAAGAAACAACUUGAGACUGUGGCCACAGGUAUUCUGGAUGUUCUUGCUGUCCCAUUUUUAUAACACACAGUUCUAUCAGAAGAAUAGAGAAGAAUACAAUUUUCCCAACAUCUGCUUAGAGAUUGAACGUAGUGACUUGACUUGUACUUGUCAGCAUGGUAAAUCGGAAAGCUUAUAGGUAUACUCAUAAAAGAAGUUCCAAAUUAAAGGUAGUUUCGAGAACAAAGUGUACUGGAAACUCUUUCCUUGUUCAUGUAUAAAACAGCUAUUUUAUGUGCAGUACAAUCAUGUCUUUAACACAAUAAGAAUUCUAUACAUUGAUUUUUGCCAGUAAAUAUUACCAUAUUUUCAGUUUUCAAGUGUAUGUCACAUGAAAGAAAAAAUACAUUUACACAUCAUACAAUGUAGUUGCCUUAUAAAAUAUGUUGAAACACUCUAGCCGGGCGAUUGCAAAUGUAAAAUUGACUUAAGUAGUAUAUAUAGCAGUCAGUGUCUGUGAAUUAGGCCAUAUCUAUUUUGGAAUGAUAUAUCUGGGUGCUUGGUAUUGGGCUCGGCUUUUUGCAUAUCAUGUUUUGUAAUAAAAAUUUGGAAGAUGUCA